GGCUCCUGAACUAUAGGAUCAGAGUUCAUGGCAGGAAAGAGCAGGGUUGUAGAGGCCACAGCUCCUUAGGCCUCAUCUUGGCAUGUACCUCACUUACUCUUUGCAUGAGGACCAGGGACCCCCUGAGGCUCCCCCAGGAAAUUAUGGUCUGCUGGGGUCAAGGCCGGGCCCUUCAUGUGUUCCCUCUUCCUCUGCCCCACAGGCUUCUUCCAUUUCCAUCCUCCUCAGAGGCCCCAGAACACUCGGCAAUGGCAGCAGCCGGGCUCCUGCCGCUGCCAGCAGUACCCCAGGCCAAGGUGACCUUCGAGGAUGUGGCUGUGCUCCUUUCUCAGGAGGAGUGGAACCACCUGUGCCCUGCUCAAAGGGGCCUCUACCGAAAUGUGAUGAUGGAGACCUACGGGAACGUGGUCUCACUGGGACUUCCAGGAUCCAAGCCUGAUGUGAUCUCCCAGCUGGAGCGAGGGGAAGACCCAUGGGUCCUGGACAAGCAGUGGGCUGAGAGCUGGGGCCUGGGGAUUGGCCACUCAGACAACCUCAAAUGUGACCGCACUACAACCUAUAUGCAGCAAGACAGUUUUUGUCCAUGGGAAUGUGAAACCAAGGGAGAGAACCAAAAUACACACUUCAGUCUGAAGCCAUUGAUUUCAGAGAAAAUAACAGUGAUUCUAGGGGAAACACCCUUGGGGAUGACUGAUCAAGAAAAUAAUGAAACAAAGCCAAGCUUCUGUAUGAGUCCAAACACUGUUGGCCACCAGGAGGUUCAGGUCUUGAGCCAGAGUGUGCCACUCACUCAACACCAAGCGGUUCCCAGCGGACAGAGACCUUACAUGUGCAUCGAGUGUGGGAAGUGCUUUGGUAGGAGCUCCCAUCUCCUUCAGCAUCAGCGAAUCCACACUGGAGAGAAGCCCUACGUGUGUGGUGUAUGUGGGAAGGCCUUCAGCCAGAGCUCAGUCCUUAGUAAACAUAGGAGGAUCCACACGGGCGAGAAGCCCUACGAGUGUAAUGAGUGUGGAAAAGCCUUUAGAGUGAGCUCGGAUCUUGCACAGCAUCACAAGAUACACACAGGAGAGAAGCCUCAUGAAUGCCUGGAGUGUCGGAAAGCCUUCACUCAGCUCUCGCAUCUCAUUCAGCACCAGCGGAUCCACACAGGAGAGAGGCCAUACGUGUGUCCAUUGUGUGGGAAAGCCUUCAACCACAGCACCGUCCUGCGGAGCCACCAGAGGGUGCACACUGGGGAAAAGCCUCACGGGUGCAGUGAGUGUGGGAAAACCUUCAGUGUGAAGAGGACGCUACUACAGCACCAGAGAAUCCACACUGGGGAGAAGCCCUAUGCUUGCAGCGAGUGUGGGAAGGCCUUCAGUGAUCGCUCAGUCCUCAUUCAGCACCACAACGUGCAUACUGGGGAGAAGCCCUACGAGUGCAGCGAGUGCGGGAAGACCUUCAGCCACCGUUCCACCCUGAUGAACCAUGAGCGGAUCCACACUGAGGAGAAGCCCUAUGCAUGCUACGAGUGUGGAAAGGCCUUCGUUCAGCACUCACACCUGAUCCAGCACCAGAGGGUCCACACUGGGGAGAAGCCAUAUGUGUGCGGCGAGUGUGGGCAUGCUUUCAGCGCACGCCGGUCCCUGAUCCAACAUGAGAGAAUCCACACAGGUGAGAAGCCCUUCCAGUGCACGGAGUGUGGCAAAGCGUUCAGCCUGAAAGCGACUCUGAUUGUGCACCUAAGGACCCACACGGGCGAGAAGCCCUACGAGUGCAACAGCUGCGGGAAGGCCUUCAGCCAGUAUUCAGUGCUCAUCCAGCACCAGCGGAUCCACACGGGCGAGAAGCCCUAUGAGUGUGGGGAGUGUGGGCGUGCCUUCAACCAGCAUGGGCACCUGAUCCAGCACCAGAAAGUACACAGGAAGUUGUGACCUGCGGUCUCCAUGAGAAUCCAUACUCACAGAAACUCUGCACAUGGGACCACAGGCAGCCUUCAGCCCAGGAGAUGCUUUUGUCAGUUGUACAGGAAGCCCUUAUUUGGUGGUUCAGUGUCACAGAAUAACUCCAAAGAGAAGCACUGGGCGUGUUCUUCCUGUGCAAAAACUUCAGAGAAUGCCUGAUUUAUGUUCCUUGACAUCUUGCAGUUGUAUUAGAGAGUAGUCAUACAAUUGUGAAUUUUGGUUAAGACAGCUAUAAUUCUUUCUUUCAUUAACAUUAGCUUAUUUGAAGUGAGCAAAAGGCAUAAGGACUAUUGUCCCUAUAAAACUUUGUUACAUUCCAAAUAAAGUUCAUUUUCUUAGAACAUUA